AUGGCUAUCAUGCACUGGGAGGGAUUGUCCUUGGGAAAGUUCCUAUCUGUCAUUUUUGACUUGCAGAGCAGAAAGGAUGCUUUACUUCCCAGUGCACAUCAGAAAGUCAACAACUUUCUCAAGGGCUAUAAUGACUGGGGCACACAACCUGUUGAUAUCGUAAGACUCAUCUUUGAACAUGACUUCGGCCGUGACAUGGGAUGCCAGCCAACAUACCACCCACUCCCUCCUUUCACUUCUCAUCCUCAUCAAGAGGCUGCUGGUGGCUUCCCCGCAAGUGCCAAAGGAAUUCAGGCAACAAGCUUCUAUGAGCAUCAAGACUUCAGUGGCAAGGGUUCUGAAAAGUCAUUGAAACAGUACUUUGCCCAGAAAGCACUCAAGGAGGUGGAUCAAGAGAUGAUGUUGUUAGCAAGCGACAAAAUACUGAAAGCCAGUGAACAUACAGCACUUACAUGGGAAAAAGUGACUGGCUUUUCCUUCACACAAAUCCAAGGGAGAGUGAGGGAAAAGACCCCACUACUCUGGACAAUUCUCACAACAAGCACAAUUGGAUCAAAUGUGUCUCACUUGGAAAAGGCCCAUGAAGAUGCCAUUGAGGCUGUGGAGGCAAGAAUAGACGGGACCCAUGGCUGGUUUGGAUGUACCGUAUCCAUUCUCAUCCUGGCCUACUUCCAUUACGUCAAAGCAAACAUGUUACAAACUGUGCUUGGGAAUGUACUUUUCACCACCAAUGCUCACCGGUCUCUCCAUUCAAUUCUUGGGCAUGUGGGCCUUGUCACUGCAUACAGCAACACCCUUGAACGGCUGCAUAGUCUGGGCCAAGAUAAGAAAGCGAUGCUGAAUGCCCUUGGCUGCACACUUGCGGCAGGAAAAAUUCGAAUUCAUCUUGUCUACAAUAACAUAAAUCAAUAUCACCGAGCUUGGAGAGCAAAUCUUACCAAUCAGAACAAGCUUGAAAGUGGAACAGCUGCCACUGUGAUUGUACAACACAAAGUUGAUGGAUUGAAGGAUGCAUUUGAUGGACCAGAGUAUGAGUGCCACAAGUCAGAGUCAAGCAACAAAUCUAUCACCUUCAAGAGUCUCAAGGCCGAUCCGAAAUCACUCCACCUUGAAGGUGUUGCCAUUGCAAAUAUCCUGCGGAUUUUCCUCAAGUUUAUACCUCACCUUCAAAAGAUGUCAAUAAUCUCCAAUAUGUGA